UCAUUCAUUCAUACAUGAUAUUCGUAAUGAGCUUCUUGAACAUACCACCCACUUGUCAUCAUCAUUUUCUUCUGAAUCAAAGUAAUCACAGCCAUCCAUCGUCAAUCUCAUCUUUUCACCGGAACUUCAUCAUCUCACCUUCCAUUUUCAACCAAAAAAAUAAACUACUAUUAACUAACCCAACAACCUUAACUACUUAUUAUUGUCAUGCAUCAGUUUUACAAACUAACGAUGAUGGUGGCACUAGUUAUAGUAAUGGUGUUACAACAUCAUCAUUAACUUCAGAAAAUUAUUCUUCUUUAUGUUCAACAGACGAUAAUAAUAAUAAUAUAAAUGGUGAAGAUGUCAGAAUCGUGGGUGUUGUCGGUGAAGGUGCUGUCAGUCCACUUAAAUCAGCAUCUUGGCUCGAUGUCAUGCUCCACACUGCAGAAAGAUUGAAAUGGGUGGAUGACACAUACAACAUGCUUGCAUUCACAGACAACUUCCCCCAGUCUAAUGCAUUGCAAGAUCUUCAAAGGGAGUUAAGGACUGCAAACAUUUUACUAGUUGUUUCUGUAACAAAGCCGGAGUCAGUUGAUUGGAUUCAACGUCACAGUGAAAACGUACCAAAUGUGAUCUGCUUUGAUUCAUCACCAACAUUACAAAAUAAACUAGGAGGAUCAUUCGUUCCUAGAGAAAAAACGGGCAACUUAUUCAGCAAAUUCAACAAGAAAACAAAGGAGACCGAGGAGCUAGCCCAAACUAUAUCUGAAGCAUGGAUCAGAAAUAAUUCCGAUGAUAUUAGGUUCUGUUUACUAAUCAUAAUCAAUGCUUACAUUAAACCAGUUCCAGUUUUACAGAAUCUGAGAGCACAAGGGUUUUCGACCCUAAACUGCAUGGUCAAAAACUGUGGUCGUCAGGUCUUAAACUGUCUUUUAGAUCCCAACUGUAGAAAAGCUCUUCAAUGUUUGAAUCAAUGUAGCCCGGUUGAUCAAGUAUGCAACUAUCAAUGUAUAGCUUCAUAUGAAAGCCCGGUUUUGGAAGAAUUUUCCCUUUGUGUCUUGCAAAAACACAACUGUCUUGACUUGGAUGCAAAGAUCCCUGAAAAACCAUUUGUCCUGCCAAUGGUUAAUUUCCGUAAUGAAGUAUUAACACAUGAAAUCGCUGAGGAUCUCUUCAUUGGUUGGCUUGGGGAUCUCGAGUGGAGUUGGCGUGUUGUGGCCGGCCAAAACCCAGCAUAUGAUCAAUUCCCAUGUCAGUACCAGCUUUUCUACAGGGGAAAGGCCCGUGGUUCAUUUUGGUAUGAGCCCGUCUUUCAAGUGAAAACUUUGGAUGGGAAGCUUGUUUGGAGGAGACGGAAGUAUAGGGUUAAAAGAGGGAAAGUUGCAGGCACAUUCUAUUUUAGCGUUUUAGAUAACGGGGUUGUUUCUAAUGAAUAUUGGACAGUUGUAGAUGUUUCUGAAGAUUUUAGCUGGGGUUUGUUUCAUUACAGUGGUGCAGCUCGAGUUGCAGGACAAUCUUACACAGGUGCAGUAUUGGUAAGUUCAAAUGGGGAGUACCCAAGUGAGAAGGAAAAAGAUAGAUUAAUUUUGGCAUUAGAUAGAUGUCGUAUCAAAGAAUGGGAGUUGUUUGAUGUUGAUAAUUGUUCAUGUAAUGAUCCACCUUUGGGUCUACCAGAGGGUUCACGCUUGCAUACAAUUGUAAAGGCUGACAACAGGAUGUGAUGUUCGAUUCAUAUCUUGGUGUGCUUAAUUGCAAGUUUAUACGACAGACACAUGUAAUGUAAUUCAUAUAUUUGUCAAUUUAGGCAGCAGGAAUGUAAUCAA